AUGGCGGCCAUCACUUCUACUCUCUCCCUCUCUUCCACCAAGUCUCAAAGGCUUUUCGACUCCUCCUCCUUCCAUGGCUCUUCCAUCUCCGCACCUGUCUCUGUUGGUCUCAAACCAAGAUCUGCUUCUUCUUCCCUCUCCGUUCGCGCCACCGCUGGUUACGACCUCAACGCUUUCACCUUCGAUCCCAUCAAGGAGUCGAUCGUGUCUCGCGAGAUGACCAGGAGGUACAUGACCGACAUGAUCACCUACGCUGAGACUGAUGUAGUCGUCGUUGGUGCCGGAUCCGCUGGUUUAUCUUGCGCGUACGAGAUCAGCAAGAACCCUAACGUUCAGGUGGCUAUCAUCGAACAAUCCGUCAGUCCCGGAGGUGGCGCUUGGCUCGGUGGCCAGCUUUUCUCUGCCAUGAUUGUGCGUAAACCAGCACACUUGUUCCUAGACGAGAUCGGUGUGGCCUACGAUGAGCAAGACACCUACGUGGUGGUCAAGCACGCUGCGCUCUUCACAUCGACCAUCAUGAGCAAGCUCUUGGCUCGUCCCAACGUGAAGCUCUUCAACGCCGUGGCGGCCGAGGAUCUGAUCGUGAAAGGAAACAGAGUCGGUGGUGUGGUGACUAACUGGGCUCUCGUGUCGAUGAACCACGACACACAGUCUUGCAUGGACCCCAACGUCAUGGAGGCCAAGAUCGUCGUGAGCUCGUGUGGCCACGACGGUCCAUUCGGAGCCACCGGUGUGAAGAGGUUGAAGAGCAUCGGGUUGAUCGACCAUGUUCCUGGGAUGAAAGCUCUCGACAUGAACACUGCUGAGGACGCGAUCGUGAGGUUGACCAGAGAGGUUGUUCCCGGUAUGAUUGUGACCGGUAUGGAGGUUGCGGAGAUCGAUGGCGCACCAAGAAUGGGACCAACUUUUGGAGCUAUGAUGAUAUCCGGACAGAAGGCAGGACAGCUUGCUUUGAAGGCAUUGGGACUGCCAAACUCUUUGGACGGAACCGCUGUCGGAAACCUAAGCCCGGAGAUGGUCUUAGCCGCGGCGGAUUCAGCUGAAACCGUAGAUGCUUGA